GUCACUGCGCAUUCAACAUGGACCCGACGGUGAAGCGGUAGCGACGGACGCCUCUACGAGUCAUGUUUAUAUUCUCCCAUUACGACGCUUCAUUAUUCAGAGGAAAACACUCCGGUUGACCGGAGGAAACCUAAAAUGUACAGCUUCCAAAAUCUGCCGCGCGUCCUUGGAUAAGGAAUUGAUGAGAUACCGGUCAUGGCUGGAUUGAUCAAGAAACAGAUCCUUAAACAUCUCUCCAGGUUUGCUAAGAACCUCUCCCCAGAUAAGAUUAAUCUGAGCACUCUGAAAGGGGAGGGCCAGCUUACCAACCUGGAGCUGGAUGAGGAGGUUUUGCAGAACAUGUUGGAUCUGCCCACCUGGCUCGCCAUUAAUAAAGUCUUCUGCAACAAGGCCGCCAUCCGGAUCCCAUGGACCAAGCUGAAGACUCAUCCAAUCACUCUGUCUUUGGAUAAAGUCAUCAUGGAGAUGAGCACCUGUGACGAGCCUCGCCCUCCCAACGGCCCAUCACCCAUUGCAACAGCCUCGGGUCAAAGUGAAUAUGGUUUUGCGGAGAAGGUUGUGGAGGGCAUCUCUCUCUCUGUGAACUCCAUAGUUAUCCGCAUCAGCGCCAAAGCCUUUAACGCCUCCUUCGAGCUCUCGCAGCUCCAGGUCUACAGUGUUAACACCAGCUGGGCCACCGGUAACCUCCGAUACACACGCAUCCUGGACCCCACACGUGGAGAGAUCCUAACAUUUAAGGAAGUGAGCUGGCAGAUGAUCAGGAUUGAAGCGGACGCCAUCCAGAACACAGAACAUGAGGUUGUCAGCGCCCCCAUACGCCUCAUCACCAACCAGUCAAAGAUCAGAGUCUCUUUAAAGAGGAGGAUAAAAGACUGUAAUGUUAUUGCAUCAAAGCUGAUUCUGAUCCUGGAUGACCUGCUGUGGGUGCUGACGGACUCUCAGCUCAAGGCCAUGGUGCAGUACGCUAAGUCUCUUAGUGAAGCCAUGGAGAAAUCAGCCGCGCAGAGGAAGAGCAUGGCCCCCGACACCACACAGGUAACACCGGCGCCCCCCUCAGCCCAGCAGGUGCGCACACAGCAGGCUUCAGCCACAGCAGAUCAGAGCGCUUCUAUGGCACGGCUGUUUAACGCCUAUGAUGUUCGUGAGACCUCACACCACCUCCAAAUCACACAUCUCGACCUGCAUAUCUGUGACGACACCAAUGCCAAGGACAGAGGAAUUAAUAAGAGAUUUGAUGGUGGUGCAAUGCAGUUGUCCUUCAACUCUAUCAGCGUAGAUUAUUAUCCCUACCACAAAGCUGGUGAGACCUGUAUGCACUGGAUGCAUUACGGUGAGGCCACAAAGUCUCGUGAGACCUGGGCCCGUUCUCUCCUAGAUGAGUUUAAGUCUAAUUUGGAAAUGCUCAAAAAUGCAGUCAGUGGCCAGACCCAGAGCUCCCCUCAGCACGGAAAGAUCUCCACCAGCUCCAGCACUUCCUUCUCACCUCCACCUGCACCGAGAACCCAACUCAUGUCCAGCUCAAUUGUGCUACGGAUGGCAGAUUUCAGCAUCUAUCAGGUGUCUACAGCAGACCAGUCACGCUCAAGUCCUCAAAGCAUGAUCUCCUGCAAUAAGAAAUCCCUCUACCUCCCCCAAGAGAUGCCGGCUAUCCACGCUGAAUUCACAGAGUACUACUUUCCAGAUGGCAAAGACUAUCCUAUCCCUUGUCCCAACCUGUAUGUGCAGUUAAACGCGCUACAGCUGGUGCUUGACUCUCGCAGUCUGGUUUGGCUCAAUCUGUUUGCGCUGGACCUUCGUCAGAGCUUAGAACAAUUUAUGGAGCUGUACAAACUCAAUGACUCACAGAAACCUGACGAGCAUGUAGAUAUCAGAGUGGACGGACUCAUGCUGAAGCUGGUGAUCCCUGCAGACCAGAAGAAGACUCAGCCUGACCAGCCCCGCUCAGUUUCAGUACAGACCUCAGAGAUGGUAGCCACUAACACACGUCACUCUUCCGGAUGUACUCGGUCCAGUCUGGAAGCCCUCUUGCAGGCAUUCCAGGAACAACCCUUCUUCACCUCUCUCUCUUCGUCUUUUCCUCGCUCCCAAAACUCCUUCUCUGUGCUGCAUUCUGUCUUCCAGCGGCAUGCUCAUGAGCAGGACACACGCAUUCAUGAUGUGUACCGGGGCCUUGCUCCGCCAUCUCUCUCCACAAAUGCCCUCAAAACACCAGCAGCCACUGACUUGUGGGCCGUGCAUUUUUCCCAGUUCUGGGUGGACUAUGAGGGCUCACGCAGUGGGCGAGGUCGUCCGACACCUUGUGUGGACUCCUUCCCUCUGACACUUUGGGUAUGCCACCCUGCCCGAUACACUCAGCACCAUGAGAAGCUCAGAGCAGGCGUAGGGUCAGGCCUGUUGCCUCGCAGUGAGUCAGCAGAGAUAGCCAGUCGUCUGCAGAGGAAGAAGCUUCUAAAGGAGUACUACAGCACUGAUGCAUCUCCCAGCAUCACGCCAAGUAAUGGCCUCCACAAACCACACUCUCUGGAUGGCCUAUUCAGCGACUCCUCUUCGUCACUUUCCCUUGCUUCCUCAUCCUCGUCCAGUGAAGUAGACUUGCAGGUGCUAGUGCACGUUCAGAAGCACCUGAGUGCUCAGGUGAGCCAUGGGCAGUAUGUGUUCCUGCUCAGACUGCAAAAUGCUGUGAAAUCUCUGCAGCGCACUUUACAGCAAGAUCUGGAGCAGUACGGCUCCAAGCGCCAGGGUCCCACGCAACCCUUCAGUGCCUGCGUGGGCGUGCUCAUGAAAAGUGCAGAAGUUGCUCUACUCCUAAAGCCCAUUCCCCAACCAGAUUUAAACACCAGCCCCCUGGACUCAGACGUAUCCCCUUCAGAAAGCAGGGCCACUCUUGAAGCCGGGAGUGAGGUGAGCGAGGGGCACGAGAGACCCUCGGCUGCAGGAGAGGGUACUCAAAACGCGGAUCAGCUCCUUUGUGCAGGGACACAUGCCAUCAACGCAUCUCCUCUCCUUCCUUCCCUAUCUCCUGCUCUGAGAAAGGCGUCUGUGGAUGAGAGAAGUAGCGUGGUAUCUGGAGGGAGGGUGCCAUCUGAGGAGAAGAAGGACUUGAGAGAAGGAUCUCCCAAUGGGGAGGGCAACAGAACUGAAGCCAAAGGGCAGCAGAGUGAAACCUCACAAGGUGGAACCAUGGUAGUAGAUCCCAUGUCUGACAAUUCCUCCAGGGAAUGGAACGACCAGAGUCAGGGAGGCAGGCUACCUCAGUCCAUGUCCAGGAAAGGCAGUUUAUCAGUGGUCUCUGACCUCUUAACUUCCACGCACAGCAGGUCUACCUCCUUAUAUUCCAUGUCCAACAUUGGUCGUUUGAUUCAGGGCAAGUCGCAGUCGAGUUUCUCAGUGUCCUUUUCUAAGAUCAUGAAGAAAAGCCCUUCUCUACAGUCUCUGGAUGAUCUCUCCAUAGACAGUUACUCACUAGAGGAUUGUGACAGCUACAGCCUGCUGGAGAGAGAUGACGUAUCAAUCUCUGGUUUUAAGGAGGUUCUAAAUGAACAGUGUUCCACAGAAGGGACUAAUGUGACUCUCGCUCAAGAGGCAGAUGAGGCCCAGUCACCUGACGCCAUCAGCGCUGCCUCACAGAGCAUAGAUGAACCCACGAAAGACCUUGUGUCGGUGCUGGUUUUGAAGAUCCACUCGGUCUGCUGUUCUCUGGAUCUGAAGGGUGAUGAUACAGCAGUUGCUCUGGAGGUAGGACAGAUCCGACCCAACCAGCUCGGCAACGUCAGUUUGCGGCAGUAUCUUAGCAACCGCAGCCUGGGCUCUGGGUCAGGGUCGGACCCCAGCACGGUGUUAUUAAAUCCAGAGGUGCAGGUGAGGCUGGAAAGCGGCCCGGGAGCUGCGGUUCACUCUGCUCUGGCCGAACAGAAUGGCUUCCUGCAGUGCCGCCUACAGGCCUUCAGUGCCGACUUCCUCAUGACAUCACUGCGAAACCUCUCUCUCUUCCUGGAGGAUGACUCCGCCUCCCAGGUUCUCCCCAUGGAGAUCACCAUCAAAGAUACACACGUCAAUCUGAAGGAUGAUGGUCCCCGUGACAAUGCGUCAGAGCCAGAGGCCACGCCCAUCGCCGUGCAUAUUCAUAAUCUUCUUAUUCAUCGCCAAGAUGAUGGCUCAUUCAGCAUCGGAGGAGCUGAGCGUGCUGCCGACUCAAAGCUUCAGAAGGCGGGGCCUGUGAAUGACAGCAGGCUCAGUUCUGUCCCUGAAGUUCCUGUAGGUGUAGCCAGUGAGCCGAAAGCCACUCAGACUGCACCUCUGUCACCCACAAGCCCCACCCCCUCAAGUAGAGAACAGCUGCUCAUGGAGGAGAAUGAAUGCUUGAAACUAGAGCUCUCCAAAGCCAAGAUGGCGCUAGCGGAAGCCCAGAUGGAGAAAGACUCUCUCCAGCAUCAAAUGAAGACCCUCAAACUCACCAGGGGGGGCAGCAACAGCUAGUGGCAGUGCAUGUGUGUGUGUGCAUACAGGACUGACACCUGCCACAGGGGGGCAGCAGAGUGCUUGGAGGGGCCCGGCCCCAUAAAAAAUCCCAACUCUGCAGCCGAGAAGAGGAUGGUAUGUGUGCCGUGACGGUGAUCUCACCGUCACGGCACACAUACCAAGAACAGUGUUCUUUACUAUAAUAUACACACAAAGCUUUAGCAUCAGAAAAAAUCAAGUGAAAAGACUCUUCGGGCAGCCUGUGGAAUUUCACAGAUGUUUUGUUGCUCUCUUCCUGUUUUUAUUAUUUCUUUCACUUCAUUAAUUUGUGUGUCAGCGAGCAUCCCUUAAAUUAUCAUGGGAAAGUGUAAAGGGGUGAUAAACUCACAAUCUCGCUCACUAUCUCUCUCUCUCUAACCAUUCUUACGCAGUGUAGGAGCACAUUCCACCCUUGACCUUUAACCCCAGAACAGUCUUACACACUUAGUGUCAGGGUGUGUGAUGUUGAAUGUCAUAUCUUUGGAGGAAUGUCUUAAAAAAUUAAUUUGCACUGUUUCUAACUCUUUUGUUUAACAAUAACUAAAAAAAUUAUAAUAUUUAGUGAUGAAUACAUUUAUGAUUAUGUAUAGUAAUUGUGAUACACAAGAAUGUUUUGUUAAUAAGUGCGAUUUAAUUGGUGGUCAAAAUGUACCUUCAUUUUGUUAGCGUCUCAAAAAUGGGAAUAUGUUUUCAGAAUUAUGUUCACAAACACACUACAGGAUUUGAAUUGCACGACUUGAUUUCUCUUACUAUAUGGACAGAUUUUGUGUUUUGCAGUGCAACACUUUGAUAUUAGUUCAGUAUUUGCAACUAAAAACAUUGUCAUUCCAUGUUUGUCUUUUUAUGUGAAUAUUUGCACUGCAACAGUCAAAAUAUUAGUUUAAUUAUUAAUUUACAGGGGUUGUUUCUGUUAAAAUACCAUUCAGUCUGAACAUGGAAUGUUUAACUGAUGCUUUGUCACAUUGUUGAUCUGAUUACCAGCUUUUCUGCACAAAAAAAAACUAACAAACAAAAAAAAAACAGAUGGAUGGAUGGAUGUUGGGUAAAAACCACUCAACUGAUGAAUGAAAUCUAAGAGUUUGUAUUAGUUCAUUUUUGUUUUUGGCUUUUCUAAUUUAUACUUUAAAAGAGAAGGUCCUGUUUUAUGAUGAAAUGAGAUGGAAAAAAUAUUUAAAUGUUUUCUUGGAUUUGCUUCACUCUCUCUCCUCCUUUGUUUUCUUCUGGCUUGGUUUUUCUCUCUACAGCGGCCUCUACAAGUGCCUGUGACUGCACACCUUCUCCAGAGGUACUGCUUGAUUUUUCUCACAUUUUGUUCUCUAAAUGAAUGUUUUAAUGUUCUUCACAUCACAACACAAGCUUCUGUCUGGAGAACAUUUUUCAGAUGUUAGAACUUGAACAUGGAGAGCUGGAUGACAAACACCUGAUUGUAGGAAACCAAAACUUUUCUUAUGUAGUACUAGGCCACACCCCUAUGCCACAUUAACCCCGCCUCAAUAUGUAAUAGACACACCCCUUAUAGAUGGAGGCCCACCUCUUAAGCACAAAUGAUGAACAAUGAUGCUCAAUCAAGCAAACUUGUGAAAUUGUUAUUCCUUGUGUCCAUCAGAAGCUGCUGAAGUACUGCGACAUCUGAAAUAAAAUGAGGAAAU